GCUCCGUCCCAGUCACCCUGAACUGGUCCCCGGGUCCUCAGCCUGGGAUCACCCCUUGAGAAGGACCCCAGAGUCCUCGGCAUCUAGCCCGCCCCCCGAGGCAGGGCAUUCAAGGGGUUAAGUCCCCUGGGGCUGGAUUCUGCCUUCCGGCCUUUCCCAGACCCCAGAGCCGUAGUUCCUGCAGAAGCCCCCGAUGGCUUUAAACUGCCCCCUCUCCCUACCUCUGGCCCGAGCUUCGACCUUCUUUCUGUGCUUGGAUAACGGGAAAGUGCCCCAGUCUUUUGGAGGGCCCUGUCCCCUCAGGGAAAUCAGGGUGGUUACUUUCUUUUUUUAACUCUUUAAGUGUUCCAGGCAGUCUUGAUUGUCUAUGGGGCUCAUAAGGAAAGUUUAUUGGUCCCAAUUAGCAGCCCCAUUAAGGAGGAAAAUUAGAGUCUUUAAUGAACUUCCUCUGAUUAGCAAAAUAACAGGUUUCCCAGCCUCUGGGCAUCAGAGGGGUAGGGUGAGAGCCUGCUUCCCCUGUGGGUGUCAGAUAAUACCUCCCCAGCCCCCAGUCUGGGUUCAAAGGGUUAUGACUGAUGAGCUUUUAAUUACACUCUUAAAUUCACCUACUUGCUUAGUUGUGAUCUGAAGAUCUGGAGCAGGAAUCUGGCCUGCGGGGGCGGUGGGGGGGCGGUGGGUGCGGUGAGAACUGAUGCCCAGAAAAAUGGGGAGGUAGGAGACUGCAGUUCAGAUCAGGAGAAAUAGGGGCUGGAGGGUGGCCAGGUGGGGAAGUGGGGCUGGGGGAGUAAAGGAAGGCGGGAGGUCAGCUCCCAUGGUGUGCUCUCUCCCCUCCCCUCCCCAGGGUCCCUGGAGCACUGGGCAGUCCUGAGUUCUGGGAUGGAGCCCGAGGCAGCGCUGUGGGGCCCUGAUCUGCAGGGUCCUGAGCUGAGCCCCGACGAUGCUCAUCGAGACUCCCUUUCUCUCUGUAGGUGCCGACAGUGGGAACGAAGAGGAGAGCCCUCAGCAGGAAAGUUCUGGGGAGGAGGUCAUCUUGGGAGAUCCAACUCAGAGUCCAGAAUUCAAGGACCCACCAGAGAUGCCCCUGGAGACACCCUCCCAGGAUCCCUCAGUCCCCCAGGACCCCCCGGCCCCGCUGGGUCACUCCAACCCCUCAGACCACCAGACCCCUCUGGACCCCCCCACCCCCGAGGUAGUCCCGACUCCGUCUGACUGGACCAAGGCCUGUGAGGCCAGUUGGCAGUGGGGGACUCUGACCACCUGGAACAGCCCCCCGGUGGUCCCGGCCAACGAGCCCAGCCUGCGGGAGCUGGUGCAAGGCCGCCCUUCUGGGGCCGAGAAGCCCUACAUCUGCAACGAGUGCGGCAAGAGCUUCAGCCAGUGGUCCAAGCUGCUGCGGCACCAGCGCAUCCACACAGGCGAGCGGCCCAACACCUGCUCCGAGUGCGGCAAGAGCUUCACGCAGAGCUCACACCUGGUGCAGCACCAGCGCACGCACACGGGCGAGAAGCCCUACAAGUGCCCCGACUGCGGCAAGUGCUUCAGCUGGAGCUCCAACCUGGUGCAGCACCAGCGCACGCACACGGGCGAGAAGCCCUACAAGUGCACCGAGUGCGAGAAAGCCUUCACCCAGAGCACCAACCUCAUCAAGCACCAGCGCUCUCACACGGGCGAGAAGCCGUACAAGUGCGGCGAGUGCCGGCGGGCUUUCUACCGCAGCUCGGACCUCAUCCAGCACCAGGCCACCCACACGGGCGAGAAGCCCUACAAGUGCCCCGAGUGCGGCAAGCGCUUCGGCCAGAACCACAACCUCCUCAAGCACCAGAAGAUCCACGCCGGCGAGAAGCCGUACCGCUGCACCGAGUGCGGCAAGAGCUUCAUCCAGAGCUCGGAGCUGACCCAGCACCAGCGCACACACACCGGAGAGAAGCCCUACGAGUGCCUGGAGUGCGGCAAGAGCUUCGGCCACAGCUCCACCCUCAUCAAGCACCAGCGGACUCACCUGCGCGAGGACCCGUUCAAGUGCCCGGUGUGCGGCAAGACCUUCACGCUGAGCGCCACGCUGCUGCGGCACCAGCGCACGCACACGGGCGAGCGGCCCUACAAGUGCCCCGAGUGCGGCAAGAGCUUCAGCGUCAGCUCCAACCUCAUCAAUCACCAGCGCAUCCACCGCGGCGAGCGGCCCUACAUCUGUGCCGACUGCGGCAAGAGCUUCAUCAUGAGCUCCACCCUCAUCCGCCACCAGCGCAUCCACACCGGCGAGAAGCCCUACAAGUGCUCCGAUUGCGGCAAGAGCUUCAUCCGCAGCUCCCACCUCAUCCAGCACCGGCGCACGCACACGGGCGAGAAGCCCUACAAGUGCCCCGAGUGCGGCAAGAGCUUCAGCCAGAGCUCGAACCUCAUUACGCACGUGCGCACCCACAUGGAUGAGAACCUCUUCGUGUGCUCCGACUGCGGGAAGGCCUUCUUGGAGGCGCACGAGCUGGAGCAGCAUCGGGUGAUCCAUGAAAGGGGCAAGACCCCCGCCCGAAGGGCUCAGGGCGACAGCCUCCUGGGGCUCGGGGACCCUGCCCUGCUGACCCCACCCCCCGGAGCCAAACCACACAAGUGUCUCGUCUGCGGAAAGGGGUUCAAUGACGAGGGCAUUUUCAUGCAGCAUCAGAGGAUCCAUAUUGGAGAAAACCCCUACAAAAAUUCAGAUGGCCUCCCUGCACACCCCGCCCCCAAGCCGCCUCAGUUUCGACCCCCCAGGCUCCCUUUUGGAGGAAAUUCCUAUCCAGGUGCUGCGGAGGGCAGAGCUGACCCCCCAGGACAGCCCUUUAAAAUGCCUGAUGGGCAGGAGAGCUUCAGCCAAAGGCUGGGUCUGCUGUCCUCCAAGUCCUAUAUCUGUUCCCACUGUGGAGAAAGCUUUCUGGAUCGCGCUGUGCUCCUCCAGCAUCAGCUCACCCACGGCAACGAAAAGCCCUUUCUCUUUCCUGAUUAUAGGAUUGGCCUAGGGGAAGGGGCAGGGCCCAGUCCCUUCCUAAGUGGAAAGCCCUUUAAAUGCCCCGAAUGCAAAAAAAGCUUUGGCCUCAGCUCCGAGCUGCUGCUGCACCAGAAAGUCCACGCCGGCGGGAAACCCCAGAAGAGUCCGGAGCUGGGGAAGAGCUCUUCGGUCCUCCUGGAGCACCUCAGGAGCCCGCUGGGGGCCAGACCCUACAGCUGCUCAGAUUGUGGGGCCUCCUUCCUCGAUCGCCUAGCCCUCAUCCGGCACCAGGAGACCCAUAGCCAAGAAAAGUCCCCCAAACCUGAGGACCCCCUCCCAGAGCCAGGCACCCUGUCCACAAACCAGGAAAGUGAGGAGGAAGCCCCUGUCCCCACAGAGAGCAGCAGCCAUGGGGAAGGCGGAAGCCCCAAAACCCUUUUGGAAGAAAAGCCCUAUUUGUGCCCCGAGUGUGGAGACGGCUUCACAGAAGUCGCAGCCCUCCUCCUCCAUAGGAGCUGCCACCCAGGGGUCACCCUGUGAAAUGGGUCUGGAGACCAGGGGCCUCUCUCUCCUGAGAGGAACACUGGAUCUCCCCAAAAAUUAUGUGGGGAAAGGAGGAAAACUCUAUCAGAUUGUAGAGAGGCAGAGGAUAAAGAAUGGUGGGUAAAAAUAGUGCUUUUACAUCAGUGAUGAGAAACCCUUUAAAAUUGUUGGUGGGAACCACUUAUAAGGCAGUAGAGAAAAACUGUUGGGUUAGAAACCCUAUAAAUACGUAGGAAAAAAAAAGCCCUUUAAGUCUGUAGCAGAAAAACCCUAUAAACCAUAGUGGAUAAAAGCCCUAUUAAUUGUAGGAAGAGGUCCCAAUAUGUCUCUAGACAACCCUAUAAAACUGUAUUGAAAUCCUUGUGAAACUAUAGGGUCAAGGAAGUGCAGGGAAUAUGACAAUGGCGUUGACUUGGGAGGAGUGACCCUUAGAAGGUGUAGAAGAACCUCCCAUGAACUUGCUCCACAGCAUUCUCUCCCCUUGGAGUAUGGGAGGGAACCUCUCUCCCAGAGCCGUGGACAAUUACACUGAGGAAACUGCUCGUCUGGGGAGGAGCGCGGGAAUGGGGUGGAACCAGAAAAGGAAGAAAACAGAGGAGAAAAAUAAGUGAUGAGGAGCCCUCAGAUCCACAGAGGAGAAAUGACCCAGGAACUAGGAAGAGAAGGUGUAGCUCAGGACACUGGGGGCUCCUUGGGGUACGAGGGCAGUCUUAGAUGAUUGUGUGUGUGAAAGGAAGAGGCCCAUGGAAUUCCUAAUCAGAAAGAACCCAAAAAUGGGGAAGAAAAAAAUAUCCAGCCUUUUUAAAGGCUGAAGUUUGGGGUGCAUAAAAGCUUUAAGUAUAAGGAGACCAGAAAAAUUAGGGAGGAAGAGUAGGGGGUUUGUUAGAGUGCUUUGAGGAAAGCAGACCAAGGUGGAGAAACUGUUCCGAUGGAACCCAACAAACUCCAGGCUGCCCAGUCUUCCCUGUCUCCAGGAGCUUGUUAAACUGCAAGUACAAGCAGAUCCCAGCUCAGGCCAUCAGGGUUCCCCCCACCCCCAAAGCAGGCAGGACUCCCCUCUCCCCAGCCCAGCUGGGGACAUCUACUCUCAGAGGCCUCCAGGGAUGGAGGGUCCCUCCUGCUACGUUCUCAGGUCUCACUGUCAGGAGGCUUCUCCUGAAAUCUAACUGCCACCAGUCCUGCUGCUGCGUGGCAGCCCGUUUCCUCAAAUUCUGUCCUCAGUCGGAGAGGGAGAACCGCUGCUAGUCGACCUCCAAAGAAUAAAGCCCUUCAGAGACUCAAGGCCUGUGUGUGGUUAAAUGCUCCCCAGACUUCUCUUCUCCAAGUCAAGAGAGCUAUGUGUGGGCUCUCUGUGGCAACGAGGGACAGCAAGUUGACAGAAUAGAGAGCUUUCAUUAGCCAGCAACCUGAUUUUAAACCUCACUCUUUCAUCUGAGCUGUUAGCAAGGCUGCUGGCAGGACAAGCCAGCCUGCACACUGUGAUGGGUGUCCAAACACCCCACAGACUGGACUGUGGGUCUCUGAAGAGUAUAUGGAGACCCGACCACCUGGCCACCUCACCCUGGUACCUGGAGCCCUCUGAGGUUGUUAACAACCCAGCCCGACUGUGGGCUUGCAAAGGGACAGAUUCCACCCACUUGGCUCCUCUCCUCCUUAGCCAGAAACCUUCAGAGGGAAAUGGAAGGAUGAGAAACACACCCCCUGGCCAGGCUUGUCUCCAGUCCUCACACACCACACACAGUGACAUACUUUCAUUAACCCAGCCAAACCCGCUCACAUGACUGCGAGUGUGUGGCAGGGGAAACAAGACGGUUUUCUUCUAAAAUGGUUGAAGAGAGAAAACUCUUGAAACAUCCAUAACGAGAACCCCAUCCCCUAACCCUGGAUACCCUUAAAGAAGGAGAGGACUCCGUCCAGUGCUGGGUUCAAAGGAAGUGCCCACUGACCCCAAGCUGGCCCCAGUAACGCACUGUGGUCCUGAAGUAAGAGGACUGAGAUGCCAGGUGAGGAGUCACAUCCCUGGAGAGGGUGACCCAGCUUCCUACAAACCUGUGGAAGAGGCCUCUGAUUCCACUACCUAAAAGUUCAAAAGGUGAAAGUCCUUCACCCUUCGUCUAUCCUGUUCCCAAAGGGAUGACCCUCAAAUUCAAAGAUCGAAAUCUAGAACGCUGUAGGAGGAAAAAGGGAGGCCUGCUGGGGAGAAGGAAAAGGCAGGCCUUGGAUGACUACGGGGAGACCCUUGUUAACACCUGCAUAAAGCCCCACCCCACCCAAGUGCCAGGUCAGAGAGUACCACCGAGAGGGGAGAAGAAGGCUGCCUGCCUCUACUGACAGCAUGGACCAAGACGGUGUCCCUCUGAGACUGAGGAAGAGGAGACGAUUCUCCAAGCAGGUUUUUUUCCCUGUAAGAUGGCAGCAAGAAAGAAACUUCAGUUGUAGAGACAAACCCCUUGUAAAGCUAGAAGCAGAUCCUCUCAGAAACAGGUCUGAGGAAUCUGUCUCCAGAAGGGUCCUGGAGAGCCCUUGGGGCUCCAGGGUCAGUCCAGGGGAAGAUGGUCAGUGUGGUCAAAGGCCGACUGAAGGCCAAUUGAGGACUAGGGUGUAGCAUACGUAGUAGGAUGCUCGCAUGUUGUAGGGUGAGGGUCAGGGGUCUUGGCUCCGGUACUGAAUGGAUGAUGUGGACACAAUUAGUUGGGGUCUGGGGUUUCAUAGCAAGAAAAGGGGCAGAGUCAGAGACCUUUGGGGUGUGACCUGUUCUCUGUUGCCCACCUCCCCAAACUCUUUUAGCUGGGUACUUUCCUCCCAGAGCAAGCUACAUCUUGGGAGGAACUAAGCAGGGAACAGGCUGGGGGAGGUGGCAGUGUCCAGAGUCCCUCUGACCAGCUCAGGCCAAGGCCCAGGGGUCGUGGCACUUUCCCACCAGAACUGGGUCUGGAAGGCAGAGUGUAGCCAAACCCUCUCGUUCAACUCCACGCAAGCCUGACUCUUAAGAAGUGCCCUCGUGGAGGAGUGCGACACAGGGUCACAGCGUCAUUGGUGAAAGCAGAGGGGAGAGUAGAAACUGAUCUGAGCUUAGGCUGAAACUUGAAACUGCUAUGGAUAUGGAGGUCACAAGGGAGCAUGGGCAUGAAUCCUGAAUGGUGGGGCAACUCGAAACCAUCACAACCAAGAGGUGGGUUCCAUGGCACCCGCCCCUCAGGUGAGCAGCCCCGACUCCUUUGCCCCCGUGAGGGAAGCCCCACUCACCUGACUUGUCCCCCUGGAGUGAAGAGAGGCCCCACUUUUGAGUGUUGUGUGUCAAUAACAGUGUUGUGUCACUGGUGGUCAUGUUGAUUAGUUGAAGAGAAUAAAGGGAAUAAGAUUU